AUGGAUGUAAACUUGACGCUGUCAGGGCGCGACUUGGCGGGCAUGGGCGCGCUGGCGCAGAGACUCUUCGACCAUGGAAACGACUCCCAGCCGCCCAUCGCCAACGGAACCGUCGGCUCCGAGCCGCCGGAGGAGGAAGACUUGGAAGUGAACACGGACAUCUACUCCAAGAUCCUGGUCACCAUCAUCUACGUCGCUCUGUUCGCGGUCGGAUCCGUGGGCAACUCCAUCACCCUGUACACGCUGCUGACCAAGAAGUCUCUCCAGAACCUGCAGAGCACCGUCCACUACCACCUGGUCAGCCUCGCCGUCUCCGACCUGCUGAUCCUGGUACUGUCCAUGCCCAUCGAGCUGUACAACUUCAUCUGGUUCCACCACCCCUGGCUGUUCGGGGACGCCGUCUGCCGGGGCUACUACUUCCUCCGGGACAGCUGCUCCUACGCCACCGUGCUCAACAUCGCCAGCCUGAGCGUGGAGCGCUACAUGGCCAUCUGCCACCCGUUCAAGGCCAAGAGCAUCAUGUCCCGCAGCCGCACCAAGAAGCUCAUCAGCGCCAUGUGGCUGGCGUCCUUCGUGCUGGCCACGCCGAUGCUCUUCAUCAUGGGGGAGGUGACCAUCAACGGGGAGAAGAUAUGCCGGCCGACCACCGACAACUCAGACGUCACCUUGAAGACGGUGCUUCAGGUUAAUGCGUUUUUGUCCUUCGUGUUUCCCAUGGUCGCCAUAUCCACGCUGAACGGGAUCAUAGCGAACCAGCUGCUGCGGAUGUUCCGAGAAGCGGAGCAAGACAACCGGGUCUGCAUCGUCGCGGGUAACCCCACCAUGCUGAAUGUGACGGUGGAGCCCAACCGCGCCCAGUCACUUCGGCACGGAGUUCUGGUUCUUAGGGUCGUGGUCAUAGCCUUCGUGGUGUGCUGGCUGCCGUAUCACGCUCGCCGCCUCAUGUUCUGCUACGUCCCCGAAUGGUCCAAGGGCUUGUAUGACUUCUACCACUACUUCUACAUGCUGACCAACGUUCUCUUCUACGUGAGCUCAGCCAUCAACCCAGUUCUCUACAACCUGGUGUCUGCCAACUACCGCCAAAUCUUCUUCUCGACACUGCGAUAUGUUUGCCUGCCCUGCCGCCACCCGCCUAGGAGGCAUCGCCGUGCCUUGACCCGCCACUCCAUCAGUAUCUCAAGCAACCACACCUUUUCCUCCAACAUCGUCAAGGAGACGGCGUACUGA